AUGGCCUCGGCUCGCAUCUUCACACUUGAGGAGCAGCUCCAGUGUUCAAUCUGUCUCCAAGAAUUCACUGAUCCUGUUACUACUCCAUGUGGACACAACUACUGCAAGGCCUGUAUCACAGUAUACUGGGCCAGCACUGAUCUGACACAGUGUCCCCUCUGUAUGAAACGGUUUCGCACACAACCCCAACUUCAGGUCAACACAGAGUUCAGAGAUAUGCUGGAUCAUUUUAACAACGUGAGGCUGAGGAGUGAAGAUAACAUCCUUGCCAAACCAGGGGAUGUUCCCUGUGAUAUCUGUCCUGGGCCAAAAUUCAAGGCCCAGAAGACGUGCCUGUUGUGUUUGUCCUCUUACUGCCAGACUCAUCUAGAGCUUCAUCAGGGAGUCACAUCUCAUAAGAAACACCAGCUGAUCGAGCCACUGUCAAACCUGGAGAACAGAGUGUGUAAGAAGCACGACAAGAUGUUUGAGCUCUUUUGUCUCGUGGACCAGACAUGUGUUUGCGUCAUGUGCCUCAAAGAUGACCAUGUAACACACAAAACUAUCCCAUUAGAGCUCAAGAUCAAAGAGAGGAGGGCCCAACUGCUCAAUGAUGUGACAGAGAUAGAAACAGAGGAAAAUACUAAAUCCAGGAGUGUAACAGAAAUCAAAAAUUCAAUGGACCAGAGAAAGAAACAGGCAGAGAAAGAGCUGGAGAGCAUUGAUGAGGUUUUUACUGACCUGAUUCUAUCUUUGCAAAGGAGCCAGAUUGAGCUGACUGACUUGAUCAAAGAGAGGCAGGAAGCAGCAGAGAAACCAGCCAAAGACCACCUGACCAAGCUAGAGAGGGAAGUUGCUGAGUUGAGGAGAAGAAGAUCUGAAAUAGAGGCGCUUCUACAGGCCGAUGAUGGCAUCCAGCUCCUCCAAAGAUGUCCCUCUCUUGAGUUUCCUGCACAUGGAGACCCAGUUGACCCUCUGUCCCAUUUUGACCAACUGCAACCGCCUGAACUCCCUGACAUCAGCUCACAGAGUUACCUCGGGAUGGUGAGAAAAUCUGUGGCUCAGAUAGAGAAGACAUUUAGCAAUGAGAUGGAGACGCUAAUUCAUGAAGUCAGGUUUUCUGAAGGCUGUGAGGCGGCAAAACCAGUGACAGAUGAGUUUAUUGAAGAAGUAUGGACUCCACCUCAGGACAGGCUGAAGAUGAUCCAACAAUGUAAUGCUGUGGAUGUGACUCUUUCCAAGUUACACUCACGGAGUACGGUGUCUAGAGAUGGGAAACAAGUGUACCAUAGUGGAGUUUGGCAGCUCUUAUCAGCUUUAUUUAGAGGAAAACCUGAUUAUGAACUUGUUCUUGGGGAGAAUGGUUUUACAUCAGGCAGAUUCUACUUUGAGGUUCAGGUCAGCGGCUGUGACAGCUGGUCUUUAGGAGUGGCCAAAGAGCCAAACAAAGAGAAACAAAUUAAGGAGAGCUGGACAUUGCGCGGACUAAACACCCAAUCCCACUACAAUAAACACUACUGUACUGAUGAUUGCCCUCUUAACCUGGAGCAAACACCCAAUAAAGUUGGUGUAUUUGUUGAUUAUGAUAAGGGAGAGGUCUCCUUUUACAAUGUGGACACCAGGACCCUGAUCUACUCCUACUUAGGAUGUAACUUCUUUGAGACCCAACCCAAGUCUUUUCUCUAUUCCAUGUUUGGUGCUUCCUUUAGCAGCAGAGCAAAGCUCUUUCCUCUUUUGGGUAUCAUUGAAGAGCAAACAGGUGAUGUGCUUGAAAUCACUCCUGUGGACACUAACCUGACCCAAGGUUAG